AUGUCGUGGCAACAGAUAAGAGACACGAAAAAAAAACAGCUGGCUGAGGCGAUUCCGGCGGAUUGGCGCGACCCGGCGCUCAAGCAGAAGAUGCUGGACGCAGGCUACGUGAACACGCGGGAGUACCUGGACACGAUCUUGCCCGAGGCAGAGACGCAGAUCACACGGCUCGGGCUGGCCGAGCUGGCGCGCAAGAUCGCAGCUGGCGAGCUCACGGCGGUCGGCGUGGCCACUGCGUUCUGCCACCGUGCCGCGCUUGCCCACCAGAUCCUCAACUGCUGCGUCGAGAUCUUCUUUGAUGAGGCUCUUGCGCGCGCCCGGGAGCUAGACGAGUUCUACGCCUCGCACGGCAAGACCGUCGGCCCGUUGCACGGCGUGCCCAUCUCGCUCAAGGACCAGGUCGAUCUGGUGGGCAAGGACUCGUCGAUCGGCUACUGCGCGCUCUUUGGCAAGCCGGCGGCGAAAAACGCCGUGCUGGCGGACCUUUUGCUCGCCAAGGGAGCCGUCUUCUACGUGAAGACCACCGUCCCGAUCGCCAUGAUGUGCACAGAGACAGAGUCGAAUCUCAUGGGCUACACGUACAACGGGGUCAAUGUGAACAUGUCGUCGGGCGGGAGCAGCGGCGGUGAAGGCGCGCUGAUCGGUGCGGGCGGCGCCGUGCUGGGUUUCGGCACAGACAUCGGCGGCAGUAUCCGCAUCCCGUCCGCGGCCCAGGGUCUGUACGCUCUCAAGCCGUCCACGGGCAGGAUCUCGUACAUGAACGUGAGCAACUCGUACGCGUGGCAAGAGCUUGUGCCUUCUGCGAUCGGCCCGAUGGGCACGAGCUUGGAGGACGUCAACCUGAUGUUCCGGCUGAUUGUGGAGGCAGAGCUGUGGAACACAGACCCUAAGGUGCUGGCCAUUCCGUACAAGCCGCUGGACAGUUUUGGGGACAAGCCCCGGUUUGGCUUUUGGACGGACGACGGCGUCAAGACACCGCAGAAAGCCAUUCUGCGGUGUUUGAAUGCUGUUGAGCAAAAAUUGCAGGCUGCCACAUACGAAACCAAAACUAUUAAUUUUGAUCUGCAACCAAAACUGCUCGACACCAUCGGCAAAGUUUUUGGUGCAGACGCGUACGAGGAAAUUGCUACAACGCUUGCGCAGACGGGCGAGCCGGACCUGGAGCAGGUCAGAAACCUGGUCGUGAAGGAGGGUAUCGAUAAACCGCUCGAUGUGACGCAGUGGUGGCAGGUCAGCAGAGAGGUGUACGAGUGCAAGCAGGAGUUUUAUGCGGCGUGGAAAAAAUGGGGUGUGGACGUGCUAAUUUGCCCGAUCUGGUGGACGGCCGGGUGCAAGCCUUAUACGUCGUCGAUGCCGCGGUACACGGCCCCGUUCAACAUCACAGACUGUGCGUGCGUGGUGGUGCCGGUGGGCCGGGUUGACUCGGCACGGGACGGCGACGCAGACUGGAACAAGAUGCCCGUGUGCGUGCAGAUCGUGGCCAGACGGUCCGAGGAGGAGAAGGCGCUGUAUGCGGCGGGCAUUGUGGAUAAAUUGGUUAAUGGCUAG